AUGUUGCUGGGCUGUGUCAGUCUGGGUUAUAUAAGAGAGGAGACAAUUACAGCUAAAGGGCUUGGAGAUAAGUGGAGAAGUUUUCACCUUUACCAAGUCAUCAAAGUUCACAUCAGCAGCAAAAAGACCAAUCACUGGGGAAGGGGCGGCAGACACCACAUUGGGCAGCAAAGGUACCAGAAGAAGCCCCUGAAGCAGUCCAAGGAGCAAGACAAAAAGAUGGACCAGGAAGAUAAGGCAUUCAAGCAGAAAAAGGAGGAGCAGAAGAAACUCAAGGAGCCAAAAGUGAAGGCCACGGGGAAAGGCCCCAUGGACACAAAUGGAAUUAAGAAAUCUGGCAAAAAGGAAGCUGUUCCUUGUGCCUGAGGCAAUGAUGCUCCUUAAUUCCAUUCAUGUUUAAACAUCUGGAUUUCCUGCUGUAACAUCUGUUGCCAUCUACAGCUAGAAUGAGGUGUUGUCUUAGAACCUAGUACAUUUCAGAACAAAUGUUUGUAUAAAUUAAUAAGUAAUCAUAGAGUAGCUCCUCUUUAGUUCUUCUUAGCCAUUUCUACUUUAGCUAUGAGAUCUGCAUAAAUCCAACCCAGAAUCCUGCCGAAGUGUGUUGUUAAGUCUUUGUUCUAUACUGAAUUCUGUACUACUUGGAACUAAAUGAAUUCAUUUGAAAUGGCAAAAAAAAAAAAAAGGACAAAUCAAUAUUGUGUCUCUUAAUAAGAUCCACUGAAAACACACAAUAUCACGUCUAUCAUUUUCCUGCCAAAAAUGUAUAACUAUGCCAAAAAUGCAUAACUUGCCUCAGACAAACCUAAAUAAACCUAAAUGAGGAACAUUCUACCAAAUGAAUGUCUGAACUUCCCAAAAUGUCGAAGUCACUAACAACAAGGAAGAAAUGAAGAACUAUCACAAAGUAAAGAUUAAAAGGACAUAACUAGAUGCAAUUACAACCCUGGAUUUGAUUCUAGACAAGAAAUAAAAAAUAUUUUUCCAAAAAGGAAAUUACUGGGACAAAUACUGAAUGAGAUCUGUGGAUUCAAUGCAGAAUUAUGUGUUAAGUUACUCAUUUUGGUGAUAAUUCUGUGGUUAUGCAGGAGAGUGUCUUGUCUUUAAGGAAGACACUUAAGUAGGGGUAAUUAGGCAUCACAUUUGCAACUUAUUUUCAAUUGGUUCAGGAAAAAAAAAGUGAAUGAAUGACAAAGAAAACACUGAAAAAUGUUUAUCAUUGGAGAACUUAGGGUGACGUAUACAUGAGAAUUAGCUUUCACCCCAAUAGUUCGUUGGACUAGGCAUGAAACUUUACUAUAAAUUUGAAAUUAUUUCUAAAUAAAAUAUGAAAAAAUAUAUUGGGGAUAACAUUAGAGUUUUUGGAAGAAGUACAUGAGUUAAUACAUAUGAGGUACUUAAAACAUAGCUAGGUAUACAGUACCUGUAAAGAAGGCUGAGCACUGAAGAAUUGAUGCUUUCGAACUGUGGUGCUGGAGAAGCCUCUUGAGAGUCCCAUGGACAGCAAGGAAAUUAAAUCAGUUAAUCCUAAAGGAAAUCA